AUGGCGGAAAUGAAUCAAAUCCCUCCGCUUCAGAACUUGCCAGUCGAGUUACUAUUGGAUAUAUUUGACUACCUUGAUCGGGACACCGUGAUUCGCCUACGCUGCGUAUGCCGUCGUCUUUAUGAUGUCGUGGCGCCGGAGCUCUACCGGCACCCGCGCAUCGACGACGAUCAGGGUGACUCUUUUGCAGCAUGCUUGGACAAAAGUCCUGAACUCGCCAGGCAUGUCAGGUCCUUGACAGUGCACUAUCAUCAGGGUGUGAUAUCCGGUCGAGAUAAGAUCAAUUCCCUAACGCAGCUCAGACAUUGUAGACCACAGCUACCCGAUCUCCCGGUGGCACCCUCUGGGAAUCCUCAAUAUGCAGAGUCUCUCUCGACGCGACUCGCUCACAUGGAUGGGCUUGAAAAGCUGGUAAUCCGAGCACAUGCAUACGAGGACGCUUACGAGGAUUUGGCAAUAGCCCGGAACCAGGAGGUGUCGACGCACAUCACCAGGACCCGGCAGCUGGAGGAAUGCGCAAAAUUCCAUACACUCUUCCUGCAGUCAGUCUCGUCUCCGAUUCUAAUAAACCUACAGACUUGCGAGCUCAACCUGAGCAACGGUGAAUCCUGGGACCUUGGCUUGCGGGACUCUAUCUUCCUCCACCCCCAUCUAAAAUCGCUUUCGAUCUACGCAGCGACCAUGAAAGACUUCUGCUGCUUUAACGAAAACAGAAGACACACCACCUCCCUUGAAGAGCUUACCCUGCGCGGAUGCGAUAUUGGAACUGAAGCUCUGGGCAAAGUCCUGGCGGUCCCAAGGGCCCUCCGACGGUUUACCUUCAAGGGCACGAUUCGUCAAAUACCGCUCCGCGCGAAGGAGGCCAGACAGCACUAUGUAGACACCAUUGCGCAGAACCAGGGGCAUUCACUCCUUGCUUUGGACCUCGAAUUUCCCCUGCUGACCCCUAUGCCGCGUCGAAGGUACCAUACGGAUUUCUUAUCGUUUUCUGUUUUACAGGAACUCGCCACUACGGUGGAGGUGCUCGAAGGGAAUCUCUGUCGAUGGGUCAGCCCGCUCACUAUUCACCUCUUCCCGCAGAGCUUGAAGCAUCUUCGCAUCAUGGAUGACCGUGAUACGCAUAAAUCCACGGUAUCACCUGGAUUGUAUGCCGAGGCAGCUCACAAGUGGUUGGUCGAUGAUACCCUACCUAAUGUCAGAACGGUGACUUUCAUCACGAGGGAAAAUGUGUCCUAUGUCGUUCGCCCUAUCCCAGAGGGGUCUGACAUAGUAUUUCCCAACACAGAUGUUGUCUUUCGGCGGCAGUAUGUCCAACCGCAGGAUCCGUUCCCAGACAUCGAGUGUCUCUGUUGCGAGAGCUGGACGAUCUGUGGGAAUUCUUACGGGCUCUAG